GAUAUCGGGAGUGGGGACAGGAGAGCUUCCCCUGAUGAGCGAAGGGAUCGUGUAGGCUUGUGGUAGGAGAUACGGUCACGAAGGUAGGUGGGUCCCAAACCGUUUAGGGCUUUAUAUGUGAUGGUAUACACCUUGAAUUGGGACCGGAAAAUAAAAGGCAGCCAGUGGAGCUCCUUGAACAGGGGAGUAGAUCUCUCCCUGUAACUCGCCCCCGUAAUUAACCUGGCAGCCGAGCGCUGGACCAAUUGUAGUUUCCGGGCCGUUUUCAAGGGAAGCCCCACAUAGAGCGCAUUACAGUAGUCCAGUCUAGAGGCAACUAAGGCAUGCACCACCGUGGUCAAGUCAGACUUCACGAGGUAUGGUCGCAGUUGGCGCACAAGUUUGAGUUGUGCGAAGGCCCUCCCGGCCACCGCCGACACCUGCGCCUCAAGCGUCAGCGCUGAAUCCAGGAGGACCCCCAAACUGCGGACCUGUGAUUUCAGGGGGAGUGCGACCCCGUCCAGCACAGGUUGCCACCCAACACCCCGAUCCGACGCGCUGUGAUGACUCAUGGGCCAUGUAGUCCCGUUCCUAGCGCUGUUGUGACAGAUGAAGAGGAAAACUUGGGUUUUCCACCGUUUCAGCCAGAAUUGGAACUUUCCCAGCCUGAAUUGGAGCCCUUGCACCUGCAGGAGGUUUGUCUUCCAGAAAUCUGCCAAACAAGCCCUGAGUCAAAAUCUCCCCCAUUUUCUCGCCGUAAUUAUUAUCAACAACAAAAAGGAGUUCAACAGGCUAAUCGCAGAAGCCUGAGAAUCGCAGCCAGGCAUUCAGCUGAUUAAGCCUGCUUUCAUGAGAAACUUUAGGGAGUUAUGCAUCUGGACACAGAGAUUGACUUUCGGUUCUGUUUCCCCAGAGAAGUGUUCUUUGGUGGGAAAACGAGACCCUAUUUAGGUUCUUUGCCCUGUAGGAAUCUUGCGGAGUCAAUUCGUCAGCAACUGGAGUAGGUUGUGUGUGGACAGCGCUACUCCCGCUUCCAAGCCUUCGUUCCCGCUUCCAAGCCUUCGUUCCCGCUUCCAAGCCUUCGUUCCUGUUUCCAGCCUUGUUUUGCUCCACGGACCUUGCCUUGCUUCCUAGGACUCAGCCUUGCUUUCCAGGACCUUGCCAAGUAAUUACCACGGAUUGUGUCCCUGAUCCUCGUUCCUUGUUGCCUCGUAUCAAGCCUUGUGUUUCAAGAAUCAAGUUUACUUCCUAGCCUUGCAUCAAGUUCCUUGGACUAAGAACCUUGUCAUCUCCCCUCACUUUGCUUGGCAAGUGAGUGUUUCGGUUAUUGGAUUACAACUUUGGACCUUAAUAUUUUAUAUUGGACAUUGUUUUCCUGGACUAUAAUUGACCUUUCCUGAAAGGUCUUCUUCUGAACUAUAUUCUACACUUAUUUUUUAUUGACUUUACAUAUUUCCUUAAUAAAGAUAUUAGAUAGAUUCUGGCCUCUGUGUAUGGUUAUUGGUGCUCUGCAGCCUGGGUCGUGACACGCGCGACUGACCAGGAGGGCCUCUGUCUUGUCAGGAUUGAUCCUCAGCUUGUUCCUCCUCAUCCAGUCCGCCACAGCGGCCAGGCACAGGUUCAGCAUCCGAGGGGCUUCCUUGGAAUCAGAUGGAAACGAGUAGUGGAUUUGCGUGUCAUCUGCGUAGAGAUGGCAACACCCUCCAAAACUCUGGAUGACCUCUCCCAGCGGUUUCAUGUAGAUGUUAAAUAGCAUGGGGGAUAGAAUAGACCCUUGCGGGACCCCACAGGUCAAUGCCCAGGGGUCCGAGCAGGUAUCCCCCAGCUUCACCAUCUGGGAACGGCCCUCCAGGAAGGACCGAAGCCACAGCAAAACCGUGCCACCGAGCCCCAUCCCGGAGAGCCUGCCCAGAAGGAUAUCAUGGUCGAUGGUAUUGAAAGCCGCUGAGAUAUCCAAGAGAACCAGCAGGGUCACACUCCCCCUGUCCAGCUCCCUGCGGAGGUCAUCCACCAAGGCGACCAAAGCCGUCUCAGUACUGUGCCCAGGCCUGAAGCCAGACUGCAAGCGGUCCAGAAAAUCAGUGUCAUCGAGGAAUUCCUGGAGCUGCGUGGCAACCACCCGUUCCAGAACCUUGCCCAAGGUUUAUUUGCAGUAUUUAUAUUCCGCCCUUCUUUCUCACCCCGAAGGGGACUCAGGGCGGAUCACAUUGCACACAUAUAAGGCAAACAUUCAAUGCCAUAACAUAGAACAGAGACAGACGCAGGCACGGGCUGGCCUCGAACUCAUGACCUCUUGUGAUUUGUUGCAGCUGGCUGCUAUCCAGCCUGCGCCACAGCCCUUUAGUAAAGUAUAUUUGAAGAGAAAUAAUUCAGAAAUAAAUAUUUGGGAAGGUCCUCUCUCUCUUUUUAUUCUCUCCCACUCUUACACAGAUAGACAUGUAUAUUAUUUUUUAAAGAUGUUUUUAAGAUGUUUUUUAAAUUGUUGAUUUUAGCCGGUUCUUGUAAGCCGCUCCGAGCCCUAGGGGAGUGGCGGCAUAUAAGUUUGAAAAAUAAAUAAAUAAAUAAAUAAAAAUAUUAUGAAUGUGAUGACUACAUGAGUUACAAUGAACAGGGUUGCUAAAUUGUAGCCCUGCCAAUGUUGUUGAAGGACAACUCGCCAACCCUAGGCAAUAUAUGUAAUGGUGAUGGAUAUUGGGAGUUUUAGCCCAGGAACAUCUAAAGCCAAGUGGUUUUGCACUGAUUUUGGACAGUCCUUUUGCUGCCUCAAUAUGAUUAGCUCGGGUUGGCAGUGGCUUUCCAAGUCCUUAGGCGGAAGCUUUUCCCAGAUGCCAGAGAUAGAAGCAGAGACCUUCUGUAUGCAACACCAUGUGCUCUAACAGUGAGUGAUGGAUUAAGGUUGCUUCCAAGCAAAGGGUUUGUGCAGAAUCAGCAUGCCAGAUACAAUAAUAGUAUCUUUCUAGAGGUGUUCAAAUUGCAAACUGGACAUUAUCUGGCAGUCUUUACAAGAGUGCAUACUUAGCAGCAGCAGCAUUGCCCCAUUGGAGGUUGGGAAUACAUGGUGGCUUAGUCUGAAGAGAGAAUAUUUAGCUUGACAAUGUUAAUGUGGGAUUUGUGUAUUGGUAGUGUUUAAAUGCAAUUUGUGUCUUUCCUGUAUUGCAUACUGAUUGCAUCAUCCAGAGUGUACUAUAGUCUGGAAAGAGUUGAAUACUAAGAAGCUGUGAUGAUCUUGAUGUGUGGCUGGAACUGGGGAGUGUCCAGACACAAGUGUGUGUGCAUUGCUGAUUGCAUCAGAUCUGCUCUAUUUUGUUCUGAGUAGUGUUGAGUUCUGUCUGCCUAGAGUCAAAGUCAAGUCCUGUGUUCGUCUGCAAGUCUGUUUGUCUUGUACAGUAAAACUUGUAUAUAGUUUUACCAAAGUCUCUGGAUGUCACUUCAUUCUGCGUUCCACUGAUUCCAUCCAACCACUGCUGCGCUGCAAAUUACUCUGACAGACUAUGGCUGGCAAAGGAGUUUGUGGCAUAGGUUAGACUAGAAGUAGCAUCUUGCUAACUCGCUGAAUGGUUUCCUGGCUAUGGAUCUCAUCCCAUGAGUGGUGGGAAAGCAGGGAAAAGUGGAAGGAACCAUCUUACUUCAUUCCUUGUUGUUGAGGUCCAUCUUCUGGAAGCACACAACUCCUGAAAACACAAUCUGGACUUUGUUUCCAUGCACUACAGAGUCCCACGGGGCCCCAUCAGAAAUGCCUUGACAUUUUGAUCCAUUUUGAUAAUUUUUAUUUAAAAACAUACCCUGGAACAAGGUUCUCUAGUAUUCAUGGUGGCCAAAUUCAAGAGAUACAUCUGUUUCUAGUAAAGAGAGGGUCAUGUUGACAUAUUUAGGGGUUUUUUUCCCCCCCUUAUUAGGAAAAGGAAGUGAUAACACAAAUUCACCACAAACAUGGAGGAAUCCAAACUCUGGCCUGUGGGUCUCAAAUAUUCAGAGCUGAGCAUGGAGGGAGGAACCUGCCAGUUUCAGUUUCUCACAUCUUAAUUUUGUUAAAGUUAUUUAUUUUAUUUAUUUACAGUAUUUAUAUUCCGCCCUUCUCACCCUGAAGGGGACUCAGGGCGGAUCACAUUGUACACACAUAGGGCAAACAUUCAAUGCCCAUAAACACAUCAAACAGAGACCGAGACAGAGACAGACGCAGAGGCAAUUUAACCUUCUCCUGAGGGGAUGUUCGAUUCUGACCACAGGGGGGAGCAGCUGCUUCAUCAUCCACUCUGACGGCACUUCCUCAUUCCAGGUCGUAAAUUAGUUAAACUUGCCUCCCCACUUUUAUAAGUGGUACCUUAUUUCCUACUUGAUAGAUGCAACUAUCUUUCGGGUUGCUAGGUCAGCAACAAGCAGGGGCUAUAUUUUACUUUUAAUUGACGGGUGCUCACCCUGCCACGGGCUGGCCUCGAACUCAUGACCUCAUGGUCAGAGUGAUUUAUUGCAGCUGCUCAACAGCCUGCGCCAAAUAAAGUUAUUUUCAUCUUGAUUACCUAGAUAUGCAUUAAUGCCUAUAAUGGGCAGAAAUAUGAAUGGGAUGGGGAAAGCAGGAAGCUUCAUCACUCAUUUUGUUGUUGUUUAUUUGUUCAGUCGCUUCCGACUCUAGAUGACUUCCUUGCCCAGUCCAUGCCAGAGCUUCCUGUUGGCCGUGGCUAACCCCAGUUCCUUCAAGGUCAAGCCAAUCCCUUCAAGGAUACCAUCUAUCCAUCUUGCCCUUGGUCGGCCUCUCUUCCUUUUUCCUUCCUUUCCCCCCCAGCAUCAUUAUCUUCUCCAAGCUUUCCUGUCUUCUUUUGAUGUGGCCAAAGACUUCAUCUUUGCCUUUAAUAUCCUUCCCUCCAGUGAGCAGUCGGGCAUUAUUUCCUGGAGGAUGGACUGGUUGGAUCUUCUCGCGGUCCAAGGCAGGAUUUUCCCCCAACACCACAGUUCAAAUACGUCUCUCUUCCUUCACUUAGCUUUCCUUAUAGUCCAACUCUUUCUCGCAACCAUAGAUUACUAUGGGGAAUACCAUUGCUUUCACUAUGCAGACCUUCAUUGCCAGUGUGAUGUCUCUGCUCUUCACUAUUUUAUCAAGGUUGGUCAUUGCUCUCCUCCCAAGAAGGAAACAUCUUCUGAUUUCCUGGCUGUAGGAAUCUUUGCACCUAGAAAUACCAAGCCUGUCACUGCCUCCACAUUCUCUCCCUCUAUUUUAUUUAUUUAUUUACAGUAUUUAUAUUCCGCCCUUCUCACCCCGAAGGGGACUCAGGGCGGAUUACAAUGAACACAUAUAUGGCAAACAUUCAAUGCCAACAGACAAACAACAUAUAUAGACAGACACUGAGGCAUUUAACUUUUUUUCCCUGAGCUUCACGAUUCCGGCCACAGGGGGAGCUGUUGCUUCACUGUCCACUAGUGGCUGUACUUCCUCAUUCCUUUCCUCGUGUUUUGCUGGCAGUUUUAUGAUGUUGUAAAUUAGUUAAAUUAACCUCCCGCAUAAAGCGUACCUAAAUUUCCCUAAUUGACAGACGCAACUGUCUUUCGGGGCUGCAUAGGUCAACAGCAAGCCGGGCUAUUUAAUGGUCGGGGGCUUAACCCGAUCCGGGCUUCGAACUCAUGACCUCUCAGUCAGUAGUGAUUUAUUGCAGCUGGUUACUAGCCAGCCGCGCCACAUCCUGGCCCAGUUAUCAGUCAGUCUGGUUGCCAUCAUCUUGAUUUUUUUGAUGUUUAACUGCAGCCCAGCUUUUGCCAUUUCUUCUUUGUUUCCCCUUGGUGAGAAGGCUCCUCAGCUCCUCCUCGCUUUCAGCCAUCAGAGUGGUAUCAUCAGCAUAUCUGAGGUUGUUAAUGUUUCUUACAACAAUUUUAACUCCAGCCUUGGAUUCGUCAAGCCCCGCACGUCGCAUGAUGUGUUCUGCAUACAAGUUGAAUUGGUAGGUGAGAGUUGACCUUCCUUCCCAUUCAUCACCCAUUAUUCAAGCAUAAAGUUAAGAGUGCAUAACCAGUGAGGCUGUUACCUCAUCUGAUAUUGUUAGCAGUGAUUAGUAACAGUAGUAGUAGUAAUUCCAGGGUUGAAUCUGUUGGUCUUCCCAAAUCAUAUCUAAAGAGAAUAAGAAUUGAAACUGGCAAUGUUUUAGUGCAGAGGUCCCCAAACUAAGGCCCGGGGGCCAGAUGUGGCCCUCCAAGGUCAUUGACCUGGCUCCUGUCCUAAACUUUAGACUUAGGGUUGACCUAAGUCUACCUGGUCUUUGGAGGACACUUUGCUUACCUAUGGUCUUAUGAGAUCAUCUAGAUGGUUUUUGAUGUUCUCUUUGCUUAGCUACAGCCUUAUGAGACCAUCUAGAUGGCUUUUGGAGGACACUUUGCUUACCUAUGAUCUUAUGAAACCAUCUAGAUGGUCUUUGAUGGUCUCUUUGCUUAGCUACAGCCUUAUGAGACCAUCUAGAUGGCUUUUGGAGGUCACUUUCCUUACCUAUGGUCUUAUGAAACCAUCUAGAUGGUCUUUGAGGGUCCCUUUCCUUAUCUAUGUUCUUCUGAUGACCUUAUGUGAUCAUCUAGAGGGUCUUUGGCGGCCCCUUUCCUUAUCUAUGGUUCUUUGAGACUUUCUAGAUGGCUUUUGAGGGUCCCUUUCCUUACCUAUGGUUUUUUGAGAUUGUCUAGAUGGCCUUUGGGAGCCCCUUUCCUUACCUAUGUCUUAUGAGACCAUCUAGAUGGUCUUUGGAGGUCUCUUUGCUUACCUAUGGUCUUAUGAGAUCGUCUAGAUCAGGGGUCCCCAAACUAAGGCCCUCCAAGGUCAUUGACCUGGCCGCUGUCCUAAACUUUAGGGUUGAUCUAAGUCUGAAACGACUUGAAGGCACACAACAACAAUCCUAAUUUUGGACUAUUUCAUCCUAGUCCAGCCCCCCAAUAGUCUGAGGGACUGUGAAUCGGUUCUCCACUUAAAAAGUUUGAGGACCCCUGUUUUAGUGCAAACCAUAGACUGUGCUACAGAAUGGUUGCCCUCUGGUUCUCAUUUUGCUCCAUUGGUAAUAGAUUGCCUAAGGAUCAGUGGGAAUAUCUCAGUCUGAUCCCUCUUCCCUUUUAUUGAUGUAUUGAUGGCACUUCAAACCGAAUCUCAUUCUUCUAUUUUCCUAACCUGGGUUGAAAUCUGGAGCCUCAAAUGCACCGUUGGCUUGUCUCAGUGGAUUUUUGAGGUCUUCCCUUUACUUUUAUUUUUUACUUGAAAAACUGUGUCGAUAUAGAGGCUAUGGUAUGGCCAUGACAGCUGUAGUCUUGUGCCAUUGGCAGAUGUUUACAGAUGCACCAGUUGUGCAGCCUGUGGUAUUUCAUUGUGAGCUGGGGAUGGCAAAACCCAAAUGUUUCUUUUUGAAGCUCUGCUCUGCACUUCUGGCUGCCCUGUGGCAUCCUCUACCUCCUUGCAAUGUUAUCAUCCUUGGUAUAACUCAGUCUGCCGUUUAAAUGCUUGUUGAGAAGCUGAACAAUAGCCUCAAUUAAUUAAUGCUCUGCUUUGGAAGGAUUUUCCCUUCUCUCCUCCCCUUCUGAUCUCCCUCCCUGUCCUUGUGGAGAGUGCAGGCGUGUUCCUUGGAGGCCAAGCUAGCAGCCAGGCUUGCUAUUAUGUGCUGCAAAAGGGAACCAAGGUCAGGGGAAACUUGUGUGAGCAGGAGAGGCUGUUGAUUGGAAGACAACGCAAAAGCUCUUUGGAGAUGGUUGCCCCUGUUAGUGUCAGGCAGUCGAGGUGGUCAGACAAAUUUCUAGACUUUUGCUAAUAUCAUUAUCUCCCCAGCUACCACAUUAUGAAAUAGAGGUCAGUGUCCAAUUUGCAUGGAUUGGGUGUCUGCUUUUAUUUAUACAGGAAGCCCAAGGUCCACCAACUGCUGUCCAGGAAACGUACCAGGGUUGAAUGAAAAGUAAUGCCUCCACCUUUGUAACUCCUCAACAGAUGGCAGUACUGAUCUGCGGCAAGGAUUGGCUUGUUCAGUAGACUCUCCUCUACAUUUCAUUUGGUGGGAAGCCUUAGCGUUGAACGGUUGUGUUGUUAAAGUGUGAAGUAUGGAACCAUUCGCAGACGGGGAAGCCUUAGCAUUGAAUGGCUUUGUUGUUAAAGUACGAAGUAUGGAACCCUGCGCAGACGGGGAAGCCUUAGCUUUGAACGGUUGUGUUGUUAAAGUACGAAGUAUGGAACCCUGCGCAGAUGGGGAAGCCUUAGCAUUGAACGGUUGUGUUGUUAAAGUGCGAAGUAUGGAACCCUGCGCAGACAGGGAAGCAUUAACAUUGAAUGGUUUUGUUGUUAAAGUGCGAAGUAUGGAACCCUGCGCAGACGGGGAAGCCUUAGCAUUGAACAGUUGUGUUGUUAAAGUGCGAAGUAUGGAACCCUGCGCAGAUGGUUGGUCAAUGCAACUUAAGCAACGUGCAGUCAUUAAAUUCUUGACACCAGAAGGUGUCACCCCAAAGGAGAUUCCUCAGAGAAUGCAAGCUGUUUAUGGUGAUUGUGUUGAUGUGAGUACUGUGCAUCAUUGGGUGAGUAAGUUUAAAGAUGUUGAGGUGGGAACAUCUGAUUUGUGCGACAAACAAAGAGUUGGACGUCCUGUGACAGCAACCACAGAGUUUCUCAAGCAAAAGGUUGACAGAUUAAUUCAGGACAAUUGUUGUAUCACUCAGAGAGAAAUUUCAAGCAUAAUCGGCAUUUCACAAGAACGUGUGGGUCACAUUAUUGCUUGGCUUGGCUAUCGGAAGGUCUGUGCAUGAUGGAGACUGUGAGACGUUGGUUGAGGAAACAGUGUCAACUUCUUCCGUGACGGCUUCAGAAAACAUGUUCAUUGUUGGCAGAAAUGUAUCCAAUUGUCUGGUGAUUAUGUGGCAAAGUGUAUAGUGGUAGUUAAAGAGCACAUUCUAAGGAUUAUUUCUGUGUUUGAUUUAUUAAAAUAUUCCCAUCCAAACCCAAGUAACGAAGGUGGAGGCAUUACUUUUCAUUCAACCCUCAUACAUCCAUUUUAGUAUUGUUCUUAUUUGGUGGGCUUGAUAGAAAAUGCAUAACUGUUAUCACUUACAGCUGUGGUUUACAGAUUAUUACCUUCCAGAUUAUUGCCUUAGUUGGUCCUGAAAAGGUCAGUUGGUUGCUUUGUUUGCUUGCAUGUUGCAAGUUGCAAAUGUUUGCAACUAUGUUUGCAAAUCAAUUACAAGUUGUACCCUCGGUUCGCUUCUGACAUGAGAAAUAAAUAGUAGAUCCCAAUCUAGAUUUUCCAACCUUUACAAUUGAUUUUGAUCAGAAAGUCCAGUAUGGACACUUACUGAUUGGUAUCUGUUCUGUUUUCAUGCUACUCAGAGUAAAACAAUUUUGCUGAAACCCAAAGAGGAGACACACUCUGUUCUAUCACUGGGUGAUUACUCUUCAACCUUUAACAUUAAUUGGUCCUGGGAUAUGGAAAAAUGAAUGUGCCUUUGAUCUCAACUCUCCUUUAUUUAUAUUCCACCUGGUUGUGUGUUUUCCGGGCUGUGUGGCCAUGUUCCAGAAGUAUUCUCUCCUGACGUUUGGCCCUCAUCUAUGGCAGGCAUCCUCAGAGGUUGUGAGGUAUGGAGAAACUAAGCAAGGAAGGUUUAUAUAUAUCUGUGGAAAGUCCAGGGUGAGAGAAGAACUCUUGUCAGUAGGAAUGUUGUAGUUAAUCUCCUUGAUUAGCAUUGAAUAGCUUCAUCUCCUGGCUUCUUCCUGCCUGAGGGCAUCCUUUGUUCAAAGUCGUUAGUAGUGAGGUAAUAGUCUGAGGAUGCCUGCCAUUGAUGUGGGCGAAAAGUCAGGAGAGAAUACUUCUGGAACAUGGCCAUACAGCCCAGAAAACACACAACAAUCAUGUGAUCCCAGCCAUGAAAGCCUUCGACAACAUAUAUUCCACCUUUCUCCCAGCAUGGAAUUUAAGAUGGUUUAUAGCCAUUAAAAACAAUAACAAUGGUACAGUAGAGUCUCACUUAUCCAACACUCGCUUAUCCAACGUUCUGGAUUAUCCAACACAUUUUUGUAGUCAAUGUUUUCAAUACAUCGUGAUAUUUUGGGGCUAAAUUCAUAAAUACAGUAAUUACUACAUAGCAUUACUGCGUAUUGAACUAUUUUUUCUGCCAAAAUUGUUGUCUAACAUGUUUUGGUGCUUCAUAACCUAAUUUGAUGUUUAAUAGGCUUUUCCUUAAUCCCUCCUUAUUAUCCAACAUAUUCGCUUAUCCAACAUUCUGCUGGCCCGUUUAUGUUGGAUAAGUGAGACUCUACUGUAUAACUAAGGAACAACUACUAUUAAUACAAAAGUCAAAACGCAGAGUAACCAAAUUUCUUUUCUAAAACAUUCAAGUUAAGAUACAAUUAAAAGCAACGUUUAAAAGACAUGAAAAGCACACAAAUAGAAAAAGAACACCCUAUAGACCAGUCUGCUGCAUCCUCCUCCUGGUGCAUGUGUUUGUGAGAGAGACCAUUCUCUGAAUCCUGGGCUUGAAUACUUUAAAGAGUUGAUUGUGUUUCCAAGGAAAAACCAUGGCUGCUUCACUCCUCCCUUAAGCUUGCCUUUCUGGUGAGAAGCCCGAGGCAAUGGUCUCCUUUGCUGAAAGGGCUGCAAAUGCAUCCUGACCGUGAGCCAUUAAGCCUCCCUUGGGAUUCACACAAGCUGAGCCAUUACCUUUUGUCAUGUAGGGUCAGCCCCAAUCCUUGUCUGAACAGCUGUUCUCAUGGUUGGGAGAUCAGUUAUCACCAGCUGACUGGCAGAGACAUGAUGUUUUGUGUCUCUCUGUUUUGGAAGAACUUUGUAAAACCUGCUGAACCUCCUGAUCCUUUUCUCCAUGACACCACUUUGUUGUGUUCUGAUAGGAUUAUUUUGGUUCCGGAUGUACCUGGCAGAUGCCAAGGCCUGUGGACUGUUGUUAUGUGCCUUCAAGUUGUUUCUACCUUUUGAUGAUCCCAAAACAAGUGUAUUACAGGGUGUCCUUGGUGAGAUUUGUUCAGAAGGGUUUGCCUUUGCCUUCCUGUGAUGUGGACUGUGAUUUGGAAUUUGGGUUGAAUGAAAAGUAAUGCCUACACCUUGGAACUCCUCAACAGAUGGCAGUCCUGGUAUGUGGCAGGUCUUGGCUUGUUCAAUAGACUCUCCUCUAUAGUUCCAUUUGACGGGAAGCCUUAGCAUUGAACGGUUGUGUUGUUAAAGUGCAAAGUAUGGAACCCUAUGCAAUGCAACUUAAGCAACGUACAGUCAUUGAAUUCUUGACAGCAGAAGGUGUCACCCCAAGGUAGAUUCAUCACAGAAUCAAUCUGAUCCCGAUAAUGAAAGAAGAUCUGCGGGGACAUCAUUAUGCUUCUGAUGAAGAUGUUGAGAGAACUGUGAGACGCUGGUUGCAGAAACAGAGUGUCGACUUCUUCUGUGACAGCUUCAGAAAACUUGUUCAUCGUUGGCAGAAAUGUAUCCAAUUGUCUGGUGGUUAUGUGGAAAAGUGAAUAGUGGUAGUUAAAGAGCACAUUCUAAGGAUUAUUUCUGUCAGAGCGCGCAGUUUGGAGAAACACACAUGCAGCGGAAGAUCAACGAAGAAUCACUGGCACCAAUAAAGAGGCUGAAGCCUGUUUGGCUAUCUACAAAAGGUUUACUAACAAACGGAAAACUCUCAAGACGAUAUAUACAGACAGAAUGCAGAGAGGCAGAGAGCAGAGGGCAGAGGGGAGAACAGAUAACACAGCAAGCUAUUUAUAAUCACCUCUGCUGUCUGAUGCAAUACACAGUUAACUCUUUACACACUCGCAUAGUGGACAGCAGACAGUGCAUGAUGCAGUCUACAGCUCACAUUGCAACACUAUAACUCAAUUACAUUUAAACAACUCUAUAUACAAUCAUUCCCACUUCAACAAUUUCUGUAUUUGAUUUAUUAAAAUAUUCCCAUCCAAACCCACGUAACGAAGGUGGAGGCAUUACUUUUCAUUCAACCCUCGUAUAUAUGUGAUCCGCAUUUUGCAUUUGUUACACGUCAUUCAUGCACUCGUUCACUGAAUCCUAUUUCUGCAUCAGUAGGCUUUUUUUAAAAAAAAAAUAGUCCACAUGAAAAUGUAUAUAAGUUUUUAGGAGUAUUGCAUUCCAUUCCAUCAGUUUAUGCAUAUUUGCAAGCAAUUUCCUACAAUCUAUGAUAUUUCCUCAUUGCACACAUUGGUUUUACACAUUUUUCACACACACAUAUGCAUGCCUAUGCUGUUUCUUGGAGGCAAACGUUUCGGAGGGCCAGUGUUUUUGAAAAAUAGCUACGGAUUAAAUCAAUCAACACGGUCUUCUCAUUUGCGACUCAGACAUUCAAAGUAACCUACAAAGUGGAACUCAGGUAAAAAGGAAAUCUCCAUUUUUCUUGCAAGGGUUUUGUACAUUCCAUGCACUGCACAUGUCAGUUGCUGCAGCCUUUCAUUUCGUCACUUGCCUAACUCUCCCUUUGCAAUACCAGUUGGGAGGAUACUGGUUGAUUUUAUGCCGCUAUAAAUCUCCUUAAUGCAGCAUGAAAGCUGCAGAUGACAAUAUCCACUGAAAGAACUUUUAAAAACCUGUUGGUUGCUGCUCUUCCCGACAAAUGAAUUGCUUAGUUAAAAGUCAAUAUAAUAUGUAAUAAUAACAACCUUGAUGCAGUUUUACAUAUGACAGCAUCCAGAUUGAUUUUGAAAAGUGUCUUAUGGUAUAAAGUGCUUUGGCAAAGCACAGUGCAGAAUGCAUCUUAGUGCGUUCAUUACAGUGGUCUAGGACAGUCCCAGGGUUUGGGAAAAGUACAGUACAGACAGUCCCCAAGUUGUGAACAAGAAAUGUUCUGUAGAUUUUUUCCUAAGUUUAUUUAUUUAUUUACAGUAUUUAUAUUCCGCCCUUCUUUCUCACUCCGAAGGGGACUCAGGGGCGGAUCAUAAUGUACGUAUACAUGGCAAACAUUCAAUGCCAUAUGACAUACAGACAGAGACACAAACAAAAACACGGGCAAUUUAACACUUUCCGGCUUCCAGCUUCAUAUGGGUAUGCUCGAUUCCGGCCACAGGGGGAGCUGCUGCUUCAUCGUCCACUUGUGACACCGAGUCCUUUUUGAUGGAGUACUUCCUCAUUCUUCCGCACGCUGCUGGAUGAUUUUUAAAUUAGUCUCUCCGCAUUUUAUUUAUUUAUUUAUUUAUUUCAAUUAUUUAUUACCCCUCCAUUCUCACCCGAGGGGACUCAGGGCGGCUUACAAGUGGCAAUUGAUGCCGUUACACCGUUAUAUAAUGAACCGCAUAAGCGGUACCUAAAUUUCCUACAGUCGAGUCUCACUUAUCCAACAUAAACGGGCUGGCAGAAUGUUGGAUAAGCGAAUAUGUUGGCUAAUAAGAAGGGAUUAAGGAAAAGCCUAUUAAACAUCAAAUUAGAUUAUGAUUUUACAAAUGAAGCACCAAAACAUCAUGUUAGACAACAAAUUUGGCAGAAAAAGUAGCUCAAUACGCAGUAAUGCUAUGUAGUAAUUACUGUAUUUAUGAAUUUAGCACCAAAAUCUCACGAUAUAUUGAACACAUUGACUACAAAAAUGUGUUGGAUAUUCCAGAACGUUGGAUAAGCGAGUGUUGGAUAAGUGAGACUCUACUGUACUUGAUAGAUGCAACUAUCUUUCAGGUUGCUUAGGUCAACAACAAGCUCGGCUAUUUUUAGUGGUUGGGCGCUCAAUCUGACACAGGUUGGCUUCGAACUCACGACCUCUGCGUAUUGAACUGCUUUUCCUGUCAAAUUUGUUGUAAUAUAAUUAUAUAUAAUAUAAGCUGUACCCGGCCAAGUGUUGCUGUGGCGUCGUCCUAAGUAGGUUUGUGGAGGCAAGUAUGAAUGUUGUAAUAAGUCACCUUGAUUAGCAUUAAAUAGGCUUGCAGCUUCAAAGUAUGGUUGUUUUCUCCCUAGGGGAAUGCUUUGUUGGGAGGUGUUAGCUGGCUCUGGUUGUUUCCUGUCUGGAAUACCCUUAUUUUCAGAGUGUUGUUCUUUAUUUACUGUCCCGAUUGUAGAUUUUUUUAAAGCUGGCUGCCAGGUUUUAUUCAUUUUGAUGGUUCCCAGGAACUCAGUAAUAAUAAUGAUGAUGAUGAUGAUGACUCUGAGGGGGAAUCCCUUGUUGGGAGGUGUUACCUGGCUCUGGUUGUUUCCUGUCUGGAAUAUGUCUAGCUGUACUUGGUCACACAUUGAAGCCUUGCCCACCUGGCUAACGUCACCAAGUUUCCGGGAAGGGGAAAUGCGUUGUUUGUAAUUUUUAGUUUUGGGUUUUUUUCCUGUAAUUUGGACCUAAUUUUAUAGGGUCCUUUGAUGGAAAGAUAUACGUAGAUUGGAUGACUAUGUCUUUUGUGGCCAAAUUUGGUGUGAUUUGAUCCAGUGGUUUUGUUGUUUACUCCAUGGGAAUUAUGCACAUUACAUUUUUAUAUAUAUAGACUAGCUGUGCCCGGCCACGCGUUGCUGUGGCAAAGUGGUGGUGGUAUUGGUUAAAAAUUGUUGUGUAAUUUUUAUUUGAUGUUAUUUGUAUUUUUUAAUUAAUUUUAUUGUAAGUUAUCUUUUUAUUUAUUAUAUUUUAUUUAUUAUUUUCUUAUAUUAUUUUUAGUUAUUUUCUGUUAUUAUAGUAUUUUAUUGUAUUAAUCUUUUAGUGUUUUUAAUUAUUUUUUAGUGUUUUUUAUUAUUUAUUAUUGGGUUGCUAGGAGACCAAGUUGGAGGAGCUUAGCCUUCUAACUGGUAGCAAUUGGAUAAAAGCAAUUAUUCCUCUCCCUCUAAUUAGGACUUUAUUUUUCUUUUCUUUUUGUUGUAUCAACCUAGAGGCGUGGAUGAUGGAUUGUGUUGUCAAAUUUCGAGGUUGGGGGGCCUGUAGUUUUGUUGUUUUGUCGGUUGCCGUGAUGCCAUCACUCUUUUAUAUAUAUAGAUAUAUAUUUUUUGUCCACACACAUCAUGGUCCUAACAUUGUGUAGAUUGAGCAUAAUGUUUCGCCUGCACAGUUUCAUGUCCCUCCCACACCUAGAGACCAGUUUCCAGGUACUGGGCCAUGUUGCCAUGGAUCUUUACUGGCAAGAUGGAAAAAAAGAAGGAAGGAAGGAAGGCCCAAACAACACCAAACGUCAGUUCUGUGAACGAGAGAAGGGAGCUGAUGUUGCCAUCCAUGAACGCAGCUGUGUGCUGUCUCUCUGCAAUCACAAAAAGGCUGUGUGGCUGUGUGCUCUGGUCCUCGACAGUUGUUUUGGAUUGAGGACAUUUUGCAAGGUGACAAAUAUUUCAUUUGCAACAUAUGGAAAAGGAUGUAAACCCACAUACUCCCAAGCCUAUGUCGCCAACAGGAUUGCAGCCUUGUUACCCAGGAACAACUUGAAAUCUGUAGUAUUCUGAAGAAUGCAAAAUGAUACAGCGAGCCUACCAAUAGCAACAGCAGCAAAAGCAAACAAGAAACUUUAGGAAGGAGAAGCUACUGUUAUCUUCUUGUAAUGCUGUUCCUGCAAGAUGUUUGCAGAAUGCAGAAUCUGCACAGUGCCUAGAAGUUAUUGAGAGAAGUCAUUUGGGCAAUGGGGUUGUUGUAUGUCUUUCGGGCUGUGUGGCCAUGUUCCAGAAGUAUUCUCUCCUGACGUUUCGCCCACAUCUAUGGCAGGCAUCCUCAGAGGCUGUGUGGCAUGGAUAAACUAGGAAAGGAAUAUAUAUAUAUAUAUAUAUAUAUAUAUAUAUAUAUAUAUAUAUAUCUAUCUAUCUAUCUAUCUAUCUGUGGAGAGUCCAGGGUGUGGCCUUUCCUAGUUUAUCCAUGCCACAUACAUAGGGAUUGCAAAUGCACGCAGGGGGUUAAUGCCUAUAUAUCUGUAGAAGAGUUUAACAAAUAUUUCAGGGGAAAAUGCUUUCAUAAGACUAAUGAAUAUAUAUUUUUCUUUUUCCUGACUUGCAAGGGCAUCUUUCCCUUUUCAAAACAUUCCCUUGAUUAAAAGCGAGGGAGGCUUUGCAAAAGAAAACACACUGAUAAGGGAGAGUAAGAGAGAAUAUAUAUCAUAUAUUGCAAGCAAUGGCUUCUAAAUUCUGUUGCCCAGUCUUGAGCUUGACACCAUUAUAAGCUGAGGGAAGUUUUUUUAGCUAAAAAAAAAAAGGGGCUGAAAAACUCGACUUAUGUUCGAGUAUAUACGGUAGUAUAAUCUGGGCAUUUGACAGUGAUGCUUAACUCUUCUCCGUUGUUCUCCUCUCCUUACAAUAGUUCUCUUUCGAUCGAGGUUCAGAAACCAGAAGUAAUCUUGCCUAGGGCAGUUCAGGAAAACGGGCAUUGGCUUGGCGAUGAUUGGUGGGCAGUGAUGUUUUGGAGCACUUCUCCUUUCGCCAACUGAUUCUGCGUCAUGCGUGUUACUUUCACAAUCACUAUUGAAGACAUGAUCGCAAUAAUGCCAAUGUUCUGAGUGUUCUGUCACGCGCUGGGCCUGUGACUGAUUGACUAUUAUAUAGGACGUAUACUUUACGCCCAGCGGGAAGCCAGGGUGCCUAAAGAAAGGUUGUUGAGGAAUUUCCCUGAAAAGAUGGCCUUGAAGUCUUUAAAGAAAUAACAAAGUCUUUAUUGACAAACAAAUAAUAAAUCUUCAAGGAGUCUUGUCCCCACAGGACAGGCGAUUGGCUUUGAAUAACUGAAAACCCUCUUAUAACCCCUCCCAGGCUAUCUAUUAUCUGGGCCUAGCUGGUCUGGGACCCACUGCCAGCUCCAAGUGCAUCUGGGUGUCGAGUGGACCUACCAGCCAAGGCUUGCAGAUGUUUCUGUGCUGUUGUUCUGUAUCCCCGGACGGUCUAUAUCCCUGGUGUUCUGUAUCCCUGGACCGUCUAUAUCCCUGGUGUUCUGGUAUAUGAAGCUUUUCUACGGGACGAGUUGGUCUACGUCCUAUAGCUGAGCUUCCUAAGAGAGACUAACUUAAAAACGGCUCCUUCCCUCCCAGAGCCCUGAACAAAGGGCGGAACCAAACUUAAUGGUGAUUGACAGGUGGCCUGUCCUAUGAUUGCAAACAUUUGCAGCAAGAAAAUAAAGUUGAAGUUUCUGGUACAGCUGUACCAGCACACUGAGCUCAGGCAAUAUUCCACUCAAAAAGGGUAACUGAGCCCCGCUCCUUUCUCUGUGCAAAAAAGCAAAAUGCCAACGGUAUCCGUGGUUCCCGGCAUAGAACUGUGAAUCCAGUAGGCUUGCCUCAGGGACGGGGACAUGCUUUUCCUUGCUUGUAAUAUCAGGAACAGCGUCUCCGGUGACGUGUGCUGUGAAAGUGCAACAGCUUGCCUGUUUAAUGCAUUCUUCUGUUAUUCUAGCACAUUCUGUUAGGCUCCUUGAAAGAGGCCGGUGUGAGCUUUGUGUGUAGGCGAAAGGUGAAGAAAACAGCCUUGAUAGAUGGCGAAAUAAAGUCUCUUCUGUGCUAUCCCUCAGAGGAAGGAGAUCACAUGAAAAGGCCAGCGUACGGAGACAAGGCUUGCAAAUCAUUGCUUCCUUGGUCUCCUUUGGUGAAUAGUAAUAACCUCCAGGUGAUUUAGGAGGCAAGCUUUAUGAAAGCUGCCUUUUUUUUCUUCAUUUGGGAUAUAAGUGGGGAAAGAAACUGGCAAUUUUUGGAUUGGGACUUGGUGAAAUGCUUGUGUGAGCCUUGUUUACAAAUCUGGCAAAAGCCCCAGCUUGGUCUCUGAUUGGCUGAGAAACCAGUUAAUUUUUUAAAAAAAUGUUUUUAUUAAUUUAUCAAUCCAAAUGUACAAGCUCACAUUUUCCUCAUUCUACAAUAUCUCAAACACAUCACGUUGCAUAAAAUCCGACAACAACAACAAAAAAAUCAAGAACAUCCCCAAGCAUAUUUCCCAUUAGUCUUUUAACUUUUCCAUGACAACUUCACUAUACAUCUCUCCACUACACACCCUUCAUCUACCCAUACAUGUUUUAUUUUCAAUAUUAUUAUUAUUAAUUUAUCAUUCAAAAUGUAUAAAUAUACAUUCUUUCCUCAUUUUACAGUAUCUCAGACAUACCCUGUUUCCCCUAAAAUAAGACAUCCCUGAAAAAUAAGACCUAGUAGAAGUUUUGCUGAAUUGCUAAAUAUAAGGCCUCCCCUGAAAGUAAGACCUAGCAAAGUUUUUGUUUGGAAGCAUGCCUGCCGAACAGAACACCAGAGCAUGCAGGAUUGGUAAAUAUACGUACAAUAGAUUGUUGUACUUGGAAAUAGUGGUAGUAACAAGAAAUUCUUGAUAGGAUUCACAGUUUGUCUGGUUAUGCUGGUUUGUGGUGACAACUACUGUACAGUAUAUAAUAAAUGUUCAUUUUUUUGUUCAACAAUAAAUGUGAAUUCUUCUCCAUGGAAAAAUAAGACAUCCCCUGAAAAUAAGACCUAGCGCAUCUUUGGGAGCAAAAAUUAAUAUAAGACACUGUCUUAUUUUCGGGGAAACACGGUAUCACAUUGUAUGCAAUCCAACAAUAAAGAAAAAUCAGAAUCAAAACAUCUUUAUGCAUAUUUCUUAUCAGUUUUAGACUUUUCCACAGAUCCUUGUGUAAAUAUGAAUUAGUAUUCCCCAUAUUCCUAUCAUGGGCUCUCUUUCUCUCUCUGUCUGCACCCCACAGGGUUCUUAUGAGGAUAAAAUGUGGAAGUGGACAAACAUUUAUGAUGCCCUGAAGUCCUCAGAGGAAGUGUGGAAAUAAUAAACAUGAUGCACAGAGCUUCUUGACAUUUUUAUGCAGAUAAAAUAAACAUGCCUGAUUGCUGUUGCAGUUUUUCAGUGAUAGAAAAGAUGCACGAGGGUUACAAACCAGUAGUAGAUGGUAAAGGAUAUACUCUGUGCAUGUAUGUUCUUAAGUUCAUUUCUGGAUGUCCCAGCAUCAGGGUUUCCCAGUGUUCUCAUAGCUGGGCCGUGCGCACCACUUGCUGAAUUAAAAUUGGAUGAACAUGUUUAUACUGAGAGAGAGUGGGAGUGUAAGAACUAUUUACUUUGAGAAGAACCAAGAAUCCCUUCUGCUGACCCUACGUUUGAAGCAAGCAAGCCAGGAGCAGCGACUCAUGCAGAGAUGUGACAUCCUGCUGCCUCUCGGGACAAGCAGUUCUGCCGUCUCGCUGCAUGUUUCUGGUGGACUAACAUUGCUACCUGGAGUGUUUGGUCACAUACCAAGCUGUUAAAUGCUCCAAUUGCAACAGGGAAAGACAUCAGUUAAAUAACCACAUGACCUAGUGAAGACUGAUUGGGAGAUGCCAAGUCCAAAGUAGGGUAACUUGGAAGGGAUUUCAAAAGUCAUUCAGACCAUUUCCUGUUGAUGCAAGGCAUCUCUUGCUCAACGCAUCCUUGAUAGAUAGAAUCAUAGAAUAGUAGAGUUGGAAGAGACCUCGUGGGCCAUACAGUCCAACCCCCCGCUAAGAAGCAGGAAAUCGCAUUCAAAGCACCCCCGACAGAUGGCCAUCCAGCCUUUGCUUAAAAGCCUCCAAAGGAGGAGUCCGGGGGAGAGAGUUCCACUGUCGAACAGCCCUUCUCACAGUGAGGAAGUUCUUCCUGAUGUUCAGGUGGAAUCUCCUUUCCUGUAGUUUGAAGCCAUUGUUCCGUGUCCUAGUCUGCAGGGCAGCAGAAAACAAGCUCCCUCCCUCCUCCCUAUGACUUCCCUUCACGUAUUUGUACAUGGCUAUCAUGUCUCCUCUCAGCCUUCUCUUCUGCAGGCUAAACAUGCCCAGCUCUUUAAGCCGCUCCUCAUAGGGCUUGUUCUCCAGACCUUUGAUCAUUUUAGUCGCCCUCCUCUGGACGCUUUCCAGCUUGUCAACAUCUCCCUUCAAUUGCAGUGCCCAGAAUUGGACACAGUGUGAUUCCAGGUGUGGUCUGACCAAGGCAGAAUAGAGGGGGAGCAGGACUUCCCUGGAUCUAGACGCUAUUCCCCUAUUUGAGUCAGGCGAGAAUCCCGUUGGCUUUUUUAGCUGCCGCAUCACAUUGUUGGCUCAUGUUUACCUUGUUCCCCACGAGGAUGCCAAGGUCUUUUUCGCACACACUGCUGUCAAGCCAGGCAUCGUCCCCCAUUCUGUAUCUUUGCAUUCCAUUUUUUCUGCCGAAGUGAAGUAUCUUGCAUUUGUCCCUGUUGAACUUCAUUUUGUUGAUCCACCUGAACAUCAGGAAGAACUUCCUCACUGUGAGAGCUGUUCAGCAGUGGAACUCUCUGCCGCGGAGUGUGAUGGAGGCUCCUUUGGAGGCUUUUAAGCAGAGGCUGAAUGGUCAUCUGUCGGGGGUGCUUUGAAUGAAAUUUUCCUGCUUCUUGGCAGAAUGAGGUUGAACCAGAUGGCCCGUGAGGUCUCUUUUAACUCUAUUAUUAUAUGAUUCUAGAGUGAGUCUGCAACGAAGAAGGUCAAUGCCAAAUUAGACUGCAUUAAUAGAAGCAUAGUUCCCAAGUCAAGAAAAGUAACAGUAGCACUAUAAUCUGCACUGGUCAAACCAGUUCUGGACACCCCAUUUUUAGAAGGCUAUAAACAAGUGGGACUGAGAUCAGAGUGUUAAUGUGCGAUUUGUGUAUUGGUAGUGUUUAAAUGAAAUUUGUUUCUUGGUUUGUAUUGCAUACUGAUUGCAUCAUCCAGAGUGUACUAUAGUCUGGAAAGAGUUAAUUGCCAAGAAACUGUGUUGACCUUGAUGUGUGGCUGGAACUGGGGAGUGUCCAGACACAAGUGUGUAUGCAUUACUGAUUGCAUCAGUUCAGUUCUGUUCUGUCUGCCUAGAGUGAGAGUCCUGUGUCUAUUGUCUGCAAGUCUGUUUGUCUUGUACAGUAAAACUUUGUAACUAGUUUUACCAUCGUCUUUGAUGUUUCUUUGUUCUGUGUUCCACUGAUUCCAUCUUACUGCCCGACACAGAGUCGGGCAGUAAGGAUGAUAAGAGGUAUGGAGAACAAAAAUACAAAGAAAGUUUGAUGGAGCUGGGCUUGUUUAGUGUGGUGAAGAGAAGACUGAGGAGUGACAUGAAGGGUGCAGUUGUGUUCUCUGCUAUCUCAGAGGGUAGAACUGGGUCUAAUGGUUUGUAGUUGCAGGAGAGUUGAUAACAUUAGAAAGAACCUUUAGAUAGUUAGAGUGGUUUGGCUUUACUGAAGAUACUUUAGCUGCCCAUCCUGCAUUGAGCAAAGAGUCGGACUCUUCCACCAAUAUGGUUCUGUUUUCAUUAAAAAAUAAUGUUUAUUUGUGAUUUCAACGAAAUUUCUUGGGAGCAGGUUCAGCAUUUUUUCUUUUUUAAGUGAUUUUUGUCUGACAACAUUAUUUAAACAUAAUUGCCAACUAUGUACCUGUUGUUUUUGCACAUAAGGGAAGCAGGAACACCUGACAUGGUUGUAAAAUAGAGCAUGAAAUCAGUUAACAUAUUACAGUAUAUACUCAAAUAUAAGCCUAGUUUUUCAGCCCUUUUUUAAGACUAAAAAAAAAACCCUACUCGGUUUAUACUCGGGUGAGGGUCCUGGUGGGCUUAUAUUCAGGCCGGCUUAUACUCAAGUAUAUAUGGUAUAUUUAAUAUUUUUCUCUAUUAUUAUUGGUAUUGUUACAUUUAUUAUUUUACACUAUUAUUAUUAUUUUAUGAUGACACAGCAAACAAGAUAGAUAUGCUGGAUUUCGUAUCACAAAAUCACAAGUCGAACACUUCCCAAGUGUCUAGGACUGUGUGAUGUAUUUUCGGAUGAUGCGUGCAGAUCCCAGUAGGGUGGCCUUUUGCAGUUGGCAGAUCGUGAUUUUGUCAAUGUCUGUUGUUUCCAAAUGCCGGCUGAGAUCUUUUGGCAUGUCACCCAAUGUGCCAAUCACCACCGGGGCCACCUUCACUGGUUUUUAUUAUUACAUUAAUAAUAAUAAUAAUAAUAAUAAUAAUAAUAAUAAGUAUUAGUAUUAUUAUUAGUAUUAUUAUUAAUACUAGUUAUUAUUACAUUAAUUAUUUUACUCUAUUAUUUUUGUUACUUUUACAUUUAUUUUACUCUAUUUUUAUUAUUAUUAAUACAUUAAUUAUUUUACUCUAUUAUUUUUACAUUUAUUAUUUUACUGCAUUUAUUAUGAUUAUUACAUUUAUUUUUUCACUCUAUUAUUAUUAAAAGGAUACAUAAGCACAUUCACAUCGAUGAAGAUGAAAAUAAUGAUUUAAUCAGAGUUGAACAGUCAUAUCUUAAAUUACAGUUUGAUGUAAAGAUUCAAAAACAUUUAACCUACUGAUGCCUCAAUUAAUGUAAUUUUAUUGGUAUCUAUUAUUAUUUUUGAAAUUUACCACCCUCGGCUUAUACUGGAGUCAAUGUUUUCCCAGUUUUUUUGUGGUAAAAUUAGGUGCCUCGGCUUAUAUUCGGGUCGGCUUGUACUCGAGUAUAUACAGUAAUUUGAUGAGUUGCAAGGAUCUGAGUUGCAGUGCUUUCUAAGGCCCCCUCCACAAAGCUGAAUAAAAUCCCACGUUAUCUGCUUUGAACUGGAAUAUAUAGCAGUGUGGACACAGAUAACCCAGUUCAAAGCAGAUAUUGUGGGAUUUUCUGCCUUGAGAUUCUUGGUUAUAUGGCUGUGUGGAAGGGCCGGCUUUGAAGGAGACUGGAAUAGACAAGACUAUCUCAUUUUAGAAGGAGGAGAGAGCACGGAAGGCUCUUGGUGAACCAAGGCUGAAGGUUGAUUCCCCUCUUGCAUUUUUAAGUAACAAGGGCACUCUCGCCAAGUCUUUUUCCUGUGUCUAAAAAUAAAACUUGCAAAGGAAAGGUUUAUUUAUAUAACUCUUACUUCCAAGAAGGAAGUUUGUGCCGUGAAUUUAGGAGCAGCAGUAAGGUGCUGAGCAGUAAGGUACUGACCCAGGAAUAAGGAUUUUUUUCAGAGUAGUUUUUGUAAAAGGUACAUGGUGGAGUUGGGAGCUGAUGGAUAGGAACCAUUUGCGAUGGAGGCAUUUACUGAAAACCAUGGAAAAUCAACAACUGAAGGUUUGGGUCGUGGGAGAGAUGGAAAUUGGAAAUAAGUCCUAGGAGGGAGAUUGCUGGCCAGUGGUAGAGCAUACACAUUCACAUGGAAAAAGCAAGUCCAAUCUUUGUCACCACCAUAUAAAAAGGAGCAUGGAGCAGAAGACAAAGAAUUAUCACUAUUACAAUUGUAUGAGUUCAUGCAGAGGUGAGGAGAGGAAGCAAGAAGGCAGCUUGCUCUUUAAGUAAGGCCUGUCUAAGAUUUCCUUAAAAACCUGAGAGUGUGCACCCUUUUCUUAGAUUGCCUACUCUUUUCUUAGAUAGAUAGCAUUUAAAAAACCUGAGUCUGUGCUGAUUCUUGAGUGUGGGCUAGCUCUACUAUUGUUUGGAAGGUGAGGCGUGGCUGUUGUUUUGAAAGUGCUGGCUUCCUGUUGAAGCUUUCUGAGCCAGAAACUGAAUUCAAGUGGCAACUGAGUUCAUGCAGAGGUGAGGAGAUUCCACCAAAAGGCAGCAGAGUAGCAAAAGCAAAGCUUUCAAAUGCAUCAGUUACUUACACGGGGUGAGCAAGAGAAGCCUUUGUCUAUUUAGGAUUGCAAUGGACUGCAGAGUCUCAGUAAAAGUUCAAAAAGUAUUUAUUCAGGUAAAAAGAACUCCAUUGUAGAUAGAAAGGCUUGAGAGCUGUCUACUCUACUCUAGACUGGUUUCUAAGGAAAAAUAAGAAAGGAAAAAUAACAAACAUCUAAAUAGUUACAUCUUGCCAGGAGAGACAGCAAGAUGCUUCUUGUUAGCUAGAAGAACAAAGGGAGAAGAAGAGAGAACCAAAAUGGUUCCAACCACAUGGUCCAGUUUAUUGGGGCCAUAAAAGACAUUCUGACCAAUGAGAAAUUAGUGUCCCUGGAGUUUUACAUUUCUACUAACGUCAAAGUAAGGGAUGUGACGUAAACAGGAUAGAGUGAAACACAGUAAAGCCUGUGUAGGCAUUCUUUGGAAACAGGGUUUUAUGUACAGUAGAGUCUCACUCGUCCAAGCCUCGCUUAUCCAAGCCUCUGGAUAAUCCAAGCCAUGACUGCGUAACAUGACUGCGUAUUGAACUACUUUUUCUGUCAAAUUUGUUGUAUAACAUGAUGUUUUGCCACUUAAUUUGUAAAAUCAUAACCUAACUUGAUGUUUAAUAGGCUUUUCCUUAAUCUCUCCUUAUUAUCCAAGAUAUUCGCUUAUCCAAGCUUCUGCCGGCCCGUUUAGCUUGGAUAAGUGAGACUCUACUGUAUUUGUAUAAUUGUGCUUGUCAGGGCCCCUGGUGGCACAGUGUGUUAAAGCGCUGAGCUGCUGAACUUGCGGACCAAAAGGUCCCAGGUUCAUAUCCUGGGAGCGGAAUGAGCGCCCGCUGUUAGCCCCAGCUCCUGCCAACCUAACAGUUCGAAAACAUGCCAAUGUGAGUAGAUCAAUAGGUACCGCUCCGGGUGGGAAGGUAACGGAGCUCCAUGCAGUCAUGCUGGCCACAUGACCUUGGAGGUUCUACGGACAAUGCCGGCUCUUCGGCUUAGAAAUAGAGAUGAGCACCAACCCCCAGAGUCGGUCAUGACUGGACUUAACGUCAGGGGAAACCUUUACCUUUACCUUAUAAUUGUGCUUGAAUUCAUUUUUGAUUUUAUACUGCUUUGUUAUUUGAUCGUUUUGUUUUAUAUUUUACUUGUUUAUACAUUGUCUUCUUCUGGGCUUGGCCCCAUGUUAGCCGCCCUGAGUCCCUUCAGGGAGACAGUGGCGGGAUACAAAAAUAAAGUAUUAUAUUAUUAUAUUAUUAUUACAACUCAAGCUCCCAAGCUACCUUCAUUCUGUGGUUUGUAGUGUGCUCAUCAUUGGCCUAGAGCAGUCUCAACCUGCAGUUACCAGAUGGUUUUGGCCUACAACUCCCAGAAAUCCCAGCCAGAUGGUUUUGGCCUUCAACUCCUAGCUGUUAGGAUUUCUGGGAGUUGAAGGCCAAAAACAUCUGGGGACCCCAGGUUGAGAACCACUGGCCUAGAAAGACAAAUAGCUGGAAGUUACCGUCUUUCAAGGAAGGACUCCAGUCUACAUGCAUAAAACAAUGUCCAAAACCAAUAACAUCCGUAUUGUGGGCAGUUACAACAGACAUGGCAAAUAAAUAAAUAAAUAAAAACAAUAAAAGUGGGCCCAGAUUUCCAUAAAUUGUGUUCUCACAGUGGACAAACAGAUUUCUGUGAGAAGCGCACCUGUAAGAUGAAGAACACUCUCUCUGGCUUAUAAAACAGAAGGUAAUAUAUAACCAAUGUGGCUGAAAGCAAUCAAUAGUUAUAUCCUCUAUUAAAUUGUUUUAUCCUCUUUUUAAAGUCUUCUAUCUCAACCUUUUGGGGUGCUAAAUACCAUAAUUUAAAUCCACACUAUGUGAAGAGGUGCUUUCUUUGGCUAAGAAUGAAUAUUCCACUUCUCAGCUAUGUGAGAUGACCCUUGUACUUCAUUACUCUUUCACUAAUAUUGUAGUGCGAGGAGCGUUGAAGGACUCAGGAGCUGUUGGUAGAGAAGAUGUGAUCUUGAGGAAAGGUCGAUGGAGCUAGGCAUGUCUAGCUUGGUGAAGAGAAGAAUGAAGGGGGGAUGUGAUCACACUCUUUAAAUACCUCAAGGGCUAUGACAAGGAGUAGCCUGUUCUCUACUGCCUUAGCGGUUGGCACCAGGUUAGAAAGAACAUCUUGACAUUAAAAAUGAGUUGAUAAUGAAACCAAUUGUGUGGUGUGGUGAUAAGGUCUUCUUCUCUGUAUGUUUUCAAAAAGAGGAUUGUGAUGGCACACCCGAGGCUAUGGUGUCUGGCUUUACUCUGGUGCUAUCUGUAUACCUCCUGAUAAGAUCAAGACCCUUAACAUACAGAGGCACUUUAGGCAAGAUAAAAGUUAACCAAAAUGAGUUUACUGAAUGUCACGCCUGUGGAAACGGAGCACCAAGAACCGAACACGGAGGCCAAAUACUAUCUAAUAUCUUUAUUAAGGAAAUAUAUAAGAAUAAUAAAAACAAGUAGAAAAUAUAGUCCAGAAGCAGACCUAUCAAAUGAGGUCAAAUAUAGUCCAGAAAUAUUUUGUCCAAUAAAUGAUAUUAGAGUCCAAAGAUAAAAUCCAAUAAACCGAAACACACACUAUUGCCAAGCAAUAGUGUGUGGAAUUGUCCAGGGUCUUUCAAGGUCCAAGGUAAAUCUACAACAAGGCUGGAAACAAACUUGCUUCUAGGAACAAGGUCCGUGACUAGGAACGCGGCAAGGCAAUUCUUGAAUACUUGGAUAGGCAAGGCAAGGAAACUGGAUUUGCGGACUUUGCGAAGUCCACACAAGGCUGGAAACACGAAAUCACUCCUGAAGCUGCUCUGUUGACUCCGCACGGAAACUACCGUGCCAGGCACCUAUAUCUGGGCCCCGUUUCCCUGCCAAGCAGGUGUCCAGCGUUCUCUUUCCCUAGAGAACAGGAAACGGAACCCAGCUUUUUCCAGAUGUGAGACUCCCUAGAUUUUCCCAGGGGAAACAUGGCUAAUCAGUGUCUUGUUUAGCUGCAAUUCUCAAGCUCCUUAGAACCUGUUCUUUCACUCCCCUGUCUGCAGUAUAGGACUGUCUCCUAGCAAAAGGGGGUGAGAGCUGCUCAAGGUCUGUUUUAAUGGGUUCUUGGAGAAAAACAUCAACAUCAGGCAUCUGGAAAGAUUCCGGCUCUUGCUGAACCGGCGAAAACCCCAUGUUUUCGUCUUCAUUAGCCACAAUGGCACUGGGAGCAGGACUACAAGGCCCAUGAGGCAUCACACUGAAAAGAAGAAGAACAAAGUGCUAACUCCACCCGGGACUACUGUAAAAUAGCUUAAAACAAUACAUGAUGAAAGGAGAUUUUGCUGGUUGCAGUCAUCUCUCUGGAAUCCUGGAAAGUCUUUUGCCUCUGCUGCAAAGCGAUGGAUUAUAAACUAGUUCUUAUAAGCUGCCUUGGUCUUCUAUUUUGUGAAACUUGUGCUGACCACAAGCUUCUGUUGUCACUGGGACUGAUGGUAUAUAAAUACAGUAGAGUCUCACUUAUCCAAGCUAAACGGGCCGGCAGAAGUUUGGAUAAGCGAAUAUCUUGGAUAAUAAGGAGGGAUUAAGGAAAAGCCUAUUAAACAUCAAAUUAGGUUAUGAUUUUACAAAUUAAGCACCAAAACUUCAUGUUAUACAACAAAUUUGACAGAAAAAAGUAGUUCAAUACGCAGUUAUGAUAUGUUGUAAUUACUGUAUUUACAAAUUUAGCACCAAAAUAUCACGAUCUAUUGAAAACAUUGACUACAAAAAUGGCUUGGAUAAUCCAGAAGCUUGGAUAAGCAAGGCUUGGAUAAGUGAGACUCUACUGUACUGUGUUUUAGUGCUAAGGAUGCCUGUUUGGAUUGCUAGGCCUAGGAUUUCCAGACAAUAACCAAGCCUCUAAACUAGGGGUCCCCAAACUAAGGCCCGUGGGCCAGAUGCGGCCCUCCAAGGUCAUUUACCUGCCCCCCACCCUCAGUUUUAUAAUAUAAUAUUUUUAUAUCAGUUUUAAUAAUAUAAUAUAUUGUAUAUACAUAUAGUCUUGAUAAUAAUAUUAUAAUGUUAUACAAUAUAAUACUAAUAAUAAUACCAUAUAAUAAUAUUAAUUAUAUGUUAUAUAUUACAUAUAAUAUUACAGUAUAGUGGUAUAUUUCAAUCUAGUAAUAUAUAAUGCUAAUAUUGUGCUAUGUUAAUAAUAUAAUAUAUUGUAUGUACAUACAGCUGCUCUGAGUGAGAAGGGUGGGAUAUAAAUGUAGUAAAUAAAGGUAGUAAAUAAAUAAUUAAUUUUAGGCUUAGGCUCGCCCAAAGUCUGAAAUGACUUGAAGGCACACAACAACAACAACAACAAUCAUAAUUAACCUGACUAUCUCAUUGGCCAGUAGCAGGCCCACACUUUCCAUUGAAAUCCUGAUAGGUUUAUGUUGGUUAAAAUUGUUUUCAUUUUUAAAUAUUGUAUUGUUCUUUGUUAUUGUUGUAUUGCACUAUAAAUAAGACAUAUGCAGUGUGCAUUGGAAUUUGUUUGUAUUUUUUUCUUCAAAUGAUAAUUCGGCCCCUCAACAGUCUGAAGGAUUGUGGACCGGCCCUCUGCUUCAAAAGUUUGGGGACUCCUGCUCUAAACACUGUAGCUCUAUUGCAGAAAGUAAAAGGAAUCUAGCAAGAAAGUUCUGUAACAGGCAAAUGGAACAGACCAACUAAGGCUGGCCUCCAGUCUGAAUUUUAGGCUCCACACAAAAACUAAUACAAAUGGAGGCAUCUACACUAUUGGGAUACCUAAACAGAGGGAACUAAAGCAAAGGAGAUGAAAAGGCAAAGCCAAGACUUCACAAGGAUGGAAAGCUACCUGGUUGGGGUGCUUUAGCAGGAGAUCCUACAUUGAGCCCAUGCGGCACCUUCAAAUGCUACGAUUUUUGUGAUUCUAUGAUUGAUCUUCUUGCAAUGGAGCCUGUUCAAUAGAAAGAGGAAGACUGAAACCUUCUGCCAGUUGGCCAUUCAUGGUAUUCCAAAUUCAAUCCCGGUGAGCUCCAGCCAAAAGUAACCCAACUAGCAACCUUGGCGGCAGCAGCAGCAGCCUGUAAGAAAUCCUUAUUUUUGAUGGAAAUAAAGUAAGACUUGAAUGGAUUGUGUAUCUGGCUCGACAAGCUCACCCCCUUUUUAAUUGUCUCUCUACACGGAUCUUUUGUUCCAAAUCUCCUUUGUACUUCUAUUACAGUGACCUGGGUUGGAUCCCGUGAGGGAAUAAAAUACCAUUCUUAGGUUUUGCCAAUAGUCUUUGAGCCCAGUGAGUUGGCUUUCCAAGAUACUAAUUGGAUUGUGUUGGAAAACUGUUAGGAGGGACCAGCGGCUGUUGAUUUCCACAGAUCUAGGAACUUCAAAGCUCUGGCUUGGGUGGUUUCCACCAUAAUUUUUCUGUAACUGGCUUUGCUUCUCUCAUGUUCAAGAAGUGCUGGCAUUUGGACCAGCUCUUAUGCCUUUCCAACGUUAACUUGGGAUUCAGAAAAUAAAUGUGUAGGUGUUUGUUUAUAUUUUUCUUCCCUGGAGAGGAGAGGAUUGCUUUGGAAAACAUUUCCCGGAUUCAUUUCUGCAUGCUGGACUGAUAUUUAAAAGGGACAGAAAAUAUACACUAUACAACCCCUGGGACCCUGAGGUGUGGCCCAGUUAUUCUAUCUAACAUCCUUUUAAAAUGUUGGCCAUUUUGUUGGAAGUUGGAUUGGAUGGUCCAAUCCCUGUGAUCUCUUCCAACUCUAUUAUUUUAUGAAGUCAUGGAUCCCCUCACAUAUGUAAAUAUCCUUGGCCGGUAAUGCUCAUACUCCUUCUUCCCUGUUUGGUCCAUUUUUCAGAAAUAGGUUAAAUUCCCCGAUUACUAGAUUCCAGUCAUUUAUUUACUUACUUACUUAUUUACAGUAUUUAUAAUGUAUGAGGCAAACAUUCAGUGCCAUUAGACAUACGACACACACAGACAGAGACACAGAGGCUAUUUAACAUUCCCAGCUUCUGGCUUCAUGAGGGUGUGCUCGAUUCCGGCCACAUCAUCAUCCACUGUGACACCGAGUCCUUGAUGGAGUACUUCCUCAUCUUCUGGCACACAUGCUGGUGGACAUUAUUAUGGUGAUGUUAGUUACUAGUAGUUAAAUUAGCCUCCCUGCAUAAAGCGUAUCUAAAUUUCCACUUGACAGAAGCUUUCUGUCAAAUCUGUCUUUCGGGCUGCUUAGGUAAACAGUAAGCUAGGCUAUUAAUGGUUGGGGCUUAACCCGACCCGGGCUUCGAUCUCAUGACCUCUUGGUCAGUAGUGAUUUAUUGCAGUUGGCUACUAACCAGCUGCGCCACAGCUCGGCCCUUAGAAACUCUUAUUUGUCAUUCACACAUAUUAUAGCUGUGACUGAUAAUAAUUCUUUUGAAAUGUAAUUAUUACAAAAAAGGGAAUGACUUAUAGAAGUGAUAGUUCAUGGCUUCAUUUAACCAGCCAUAGUUUCCUUGUGUACGCCUUCCCUAGCACUUUAAUGGGACAACAGUUCUGGUAUCUACCUCUUCCCGAUUGUAUCUGACAUUACUUGCACUUUCUUUGGCCCAGUUCUUUUUAGGAGCCAACCCAGGAUUUUAUCAAAGUAUGUUUAUUGUAUGUGACUUCAUUUGUUUUAUGACUUCUUUUAUUGUUGAUUGACUUGUUUUAUUGUUGAGUUUUUUACAUUGUCUGUUUUGCCUGGGCUUGGCCCCAUGUAAGCUGCCCCGAGUCCCUUCAGGAAGAUGAGGCAGGGUAUAAUAAUAAUAAUAAUAAUAAUAAUAAUAAUAAUAAUAAUAAUAAUAAUAAUAAAUAAUUGACACAAUGACAUUGUAUGACACAGCAAACAAGAUAGAUAUGCUGGAUUUCGUAUCACAAAAUCACAAGUCGAACACUUCCCAAGUGUCUAGGACUGUGUGAUAUAUUUUCGGAUGACAUUAUUAUUAUUAUUAUUAUUAUUAUUAUUAUUGUAUUAUGACACAGCAAACAAGAUAGAUAUGCUGGAUUUCGUAUCACAAAAUCACAAGUCGAACACUUCCCAAGUGUCUAGAACUGUGUGAUGUAUUUUCGGAUGAAAUUAUCAUCAUUAUUAUUAUUAUUAUUAUUAUUAUUAUUAUUAUUAUUAUUAUUAUUAUUUUAUUAUGACACAGCAAACAAAAUAGAUAUGCUGGAUUUCGUUUCACAAAAUCACAAGUCGAACACUUCCCAAGUGUCUAGGACUGUGUGAUGUAUUUUCAGAUGAUGCGUGCAGAUCCCAGUAGGGUGGCCUUUUGCAGUUGGCAGAUCAUAAUUUUGUCAAUGUCUAUUGUUUCCAAAUGCCGGCUGAGAUCUUUUGGCACGGCACCCAGUGUGCCCAUCACCACUGGGACCACCUGGACUGGUUUCUGCCAGAGUCUUUGAAGUUCAAUCUUGAGGUCCUGUUAGCGGCUGAGAUUUUCCUGUUGUUUUUCGUCAAUGCGACUGUCACCUGGGAUGGCGAUAUCAAUUAUCCACAUAUUUUCUUUUCCACAACUGUGGUGUCUGGUGUGUUGUGUUCCAGAACUUUGUCAGUCUGUAUUCGGAAGUCCCACAGUAUCUUUUCGUGUUCAUUUUCCAAUACUUUUGCAGGUUUGUGAUCCCACCAGUUCUUUGCUGCUGGGAGGUGGUACUUGAGGCAUAAGUUCCAAUGAAUCAUUUGGGCCAUGUAGUUGUGCCUCUGUUUGUAGUCUGUCUGUGCAAUUUUCUUACAGCAGCUGAGGAGAUGAUCAAUGGUUUCGUCGGUUUCCUUGCACAGUCUGUAUUUUGGGUCAUCAGCUGAUUUUUCGAUCUUGGCCUUAAUUGCAUUUGUUCUGAUGGCUUGCUCCUGGGCUGCAAGGAUCAGGCCUUCUGUCUCAUCAUCAUCAUCAUCAUCAUCAUCAUCAUCAUCAUCAUCAUCAUCAUCAUUAUUAUUAUUAAGGUGGUGGAUCUACUCUAGGUUUUAGCCCUAGAACGUGUUUUUUAAAAAGAGCUAUCCAAGGUACUGAUUCAAAUCCCCAAAUUUCAUCAAGCAUUGUGGAUAGUGAUUUUAGAGUUCAAAUGAAAGUUUGCAGCAUAGUCAAAGGUUUAUGCUUGGCACCAUAAAGCCAACACUGUGUUAUAAGUAACUCUGUUAUUUGUAAGACAUUAAUCUUAGAAUCUGGUUGCAGCCCAGCAACAGUAAGGAUUCAGUAUCAGAAACCACUGCGUUCUUCUCGUUUUUCUGAAUGGUACAUCCUCAGCUCCUCCUUUCUCCGCUCAUGUUUCUUUGUAGCAAAGACAUAAAGGAAUUAAGAAUUCCUAAGAGGAUAAUAGAGCAGGUUCCCUCUGGCCGGUAUCCCUUUUACCCUGACCUAUGCACAGUGUGUUAAAGCGCUGAGCUGCUGAAUUUGCGGACCAAAAGGUCCCAGGUUCAUAUCCUGGGAGUGGAAUGAGCGCCCGCUGUUAGCCCCAGCUCCUGCCAACCUAGCACUUCGAAAACAUGUAAAUGUGAGUAGAUCAAUAGGUACCGCUCCAGUGGGAAGGUAAUGGCGCUCCAUACAGUCAUGCCAACCACAUGACCUGGAGAUGUCUGUGGACAACGCCGGCUCUUCGACUUAAAAAUGGAGAUGAGCACCAACCCCCAGAGUGUGAGUAGAUCAAUAGGUACUGCUCUGGCAGGAAGGUAAUGGCACUCCAUGCAGUCAUGCCAGUGGCCACAUGACCUUGGAGGUGUCUAUGGACAAUGCCCGCUCUUCAACUUAGAAAUGGAGAUGAGCACCAACCCCCAGAGUCGGUUACAACUGGACGUAACGUCAGGGGAAACCUUUACCUUUACCUAUGCAACUUAUUCUAAGAAAUGCAGAUAUAUUCUGGAAUUUCCUGUGCACAGAGGUCCCUCUUGGUGCUUUUGUUGUCCUGAGCGGAGUAACAAGGAAGAUGUUAAAGAAGUAUACAAUGCUUAAUAUGUAUUUAUUGGUUAAAAGAGAUUCCUAUGUGGUCUACUUGGGAAUUUCCUCGGGCGCUUCAAAACAGCAUUGUAUUGGUCAGGCUUAGCUAGGUCCACCUUCCCCAUUAAACCAAGACGCUCCUCUUCCCGUGAGCCAUGCUUUUAUUGCAGACCAAGUGUCAUUCAAAGCGCUAGAGGGCAGCACAGUGUACUAGAAGGACAGGUUUUAGGUAGAAAGAAAAGACCCGCAAUUCAGCAUUACCCAGAGAAUAAUGCAUGCCUCUGUGUGUAGGUUCAUGGAGGGAGUAGAACUGGACACGGGAGAAAAAGCCUUUCUCAAACUGACUCGGUCUCUCCUUGCAGAGAAAUGUUGCUGGAACUGGCUUUCUCAGAACAAAAGCUUUGCACCCGCUGAGUGUAAUGGUGGGAGGCCUGACAAUGUGGUGUUUUGAUCGUUGAUGGAGUGAAGCUUCUGGAUUAGUGAGUUCAAUGCACAUAGAUUUCAACAUGACUCUUUGGCAUAGAAUUCAGCCUUUGUGCUCUAGUGGUUUAAGAACUGGAACACUAGAAGACCAGAGUUUGGAUGCCGCUCAGCCACGGAAAUCCACUGGGUGACCUUGAGUAAAUCCUACCCUUAGAGGAAAGCAAUGGAAAAUGCUCGCUAAACACAUCUGCCAAGAAAACUCCAUUAUAGGCUUGCCUUUGUGUUGCUACAAAUCUGAAAUAACUUGAAGACAUAAUGUUAACAAACGUCCGUCAUCCAUAACAUGCAGUGUGUUUUCUUGAGCAGAAGGUGGGAAGAAAUAACCACUGGAAGAAUAUUUUGGAUUUAGCAUGAAGUCUUGGGCUGGGAUAUAAUAUUAGAGCAUUAGAGCAUAAAGCCCCACCAGUGUUUCUCUGCUGGGCUUCCAUGUCCCAUGUGCAACACAUCUGGAUCUGCAUUUCAAAGUCCAUCCUCAUGUUUACUGUCUCUGUUUUCUUCCAUUUUGCUAACUUUCUAAUGGUACUUUUGAACAAGCUGUUUACAUCAAAGGAGUCAGGUACACAGGAACAUUGUCAGGCACAAUCCAUAUAUGAUAGAUCAGGGGUCCUCAAACUUUUAAAGCAGAGGGCCGGUCCACAAUCCUUCAGACUGCUGAGGGGCCAAAUUAUCAUUUGGGGGGAAAACCCGAACAAAUUCCUAUGCAAACUGCACAUAUCUUAUUUGUAAUGCAAAACAACAAUAACAAUGAAAGAAUACAAUAUUUAAAAAUGAAAAUAAACAUAAACCUAUCAGGAUUUCAAUAGGAAGUGUGGGCCUGCUUCUGGCCAAUGAGAUAGUCAGGUUAAUUAGGGUUGUUGUUGUUGUUGUUGUUGUUGUGUGUCUUCAAGUCAUUUCAGACUUUGGGCGAGCCUAAGUCCAAAAUUAUUUAUUUAUUCAUUUACUACAUUUAUUUACUACAUUUAUAUCCCACCCUUCUCACCCCGAAGGGAACUCAGAGCAGCUGUAUGUACAUACAAUAUAUUAUAUUAUUAGCAUAGUACAAUAUUAGCAUUAUACUAUAUUGAACUAUACCACUAUACUGUAAUAUUAUAUGUAAUAUAUAACAUAUAAUUAAUAUUAUUAUUAUAUGGUAUUAUUGUUAGCAUUAUAUUGUAUAAAAUGAUAAUAUUUUUAUCAAUAUUAUAUAUUUAUACAAUAUAUUAUAUUAUUAAAACUGAUAUAAAAAUAUUAUAUUAUAAAUGAGGGCGGGGGCCAGGUAAAUUACCUUGGAGGGCCGCAUCCGGCCCCCGGGCCUUAGUUUGGGGACCCCUGUGAUAGAGCCUAGAAUAUUAUUUCUGUGGUUGAUAAAUUCCAGUCACCCCACUCUGUUGUGACUGGAAUUCCAUCUAGUCUUUUGUUUGGUCUUGGAGUGGUACUUAAUCUUUAAAGUACAAAAGAUGCUAGUCAGGUGCUGGGAUAUGUUGAGAGAAUAUAUAGCCUUUAGUUGCCAAAAUGCACAGGUCAUCAUCUGAUUCAGAUGAGAAAUCUGGAUAUAUUCAACUUGUCAAUCUCCAUGUGCAUUAAACCACAACUCCUACCAUCCCCAGGCAGCAAGCUGUAGACCAGGGGUCCCCAAACUAAGGCCCGGGGGCCGGAUGUGGCCCAUCGAAGCCAUUUAUCCAGCCCCCAUGGCACAAGGGCAGAAGGGGGUUGGGCUAAAUGACCCAAGGGGUCUCUUCUUCUCUUACAACCAUUAUUAUUAUUAUUAUUAUUAUUAUUAUUAUUAUUAUUAUUAUUAUUAUUAUUAACAUUGAGGCAGAAGGGGGUUGGACUCAAUGGCCCAAGAGGUCUCUUCCAACCCUCUUUAUUGUUGUUGUUGUUGUUGUUAUUAUUAUUUAUUGCUCGGUGGCCAACUAUAGGUGGCCCUCCAAUGGUCCGAAGGAUCGUGAACUGGCUCCCUGUUUAAAAAGUUUGGGGACCCUUGCUGUAGAAUAUACUACUUGAUGGUGGAUACUUCAAUACUGACAAAAACCUAUUUAUGUGAGACUUGAAUCAGUUGUUUGCAUUUUCUUCCAGAACACAACUACAUUAGCUAGCAGCCUAAAACAGUCAGACACAAAAAAGCAGAGAACAUGGUUAUGUGCCCAAGCUUUUGUUGAGUAAAUGACAAAGUUGACAUGGCCUGAUUUAAGGAUGAAACAUGAGGAUCUCGAACGAAUUGGAAUUAAUUAUAUAUACGUUUUUUAAGGUUUUUAUAAUGUGUUUUAACAAUGUUAUUAAUGGAUUUGUUUGUAUUGUUUUGUUUUUAUGAUUGCAGUUUGGGCAUUAAAUUUUGCCAGUUUUUGUAAGCCGCCCUGAGUCCCCUCGGUUGAGAAGGGCGAGGUAUAAAUGUUGCAAAUAAAUAAAUAAAUAAAGUAGUGGCUGAUGUUGGGGAGGACAGCCAGGAAGAAGCAAUAGAUGUUGUCUCCUGGACCUCCACCAUAAUACAUCUAGCGUAAUUUGAUAGAAAUCUUUAACAGACGGGAAGCCAUAUUCCUUCUUUUUUUUGCUUUCUUCUUGUUUUCUCUUUACAAAAUAACUGCUUGGAUUCUCUUUAAUUUCCCCAAGACAUGCGAAUUCCCCAAUGUCUGGCAUAUGCAUAUGAAGACUCCGGGAAUGAAUUGAUAGAUAGUGUGAGAGCCAGAGAGCUGCAACUUUGCAUAAAUGCUUAGCUGAAUAUGAAGUGUCUUCUAGGGUUCCAACAUCUUCUUGUAGAGUCAGCAGAACAAACCAGCAAAUGGCCACUUUUAUCAGGUGUUAACACAAGGGGGAAAGGGAUGGUGCAAAUUGUUUAUUUAUUUUUAUUUACAGUAUUUAUAUUCCGCCCUUCUCACCCCAAAGGGGACUCAGGGCGGAUCACAUCAUAUACAUAUAGGGCAAACAUUCAAUGCCCAUAUACACAUAGACAGAGACAGACGCAGAGGCAAUUUAACCUUCAUCUGAGGGCAUGUUCGAUUCUGGCCACACGGGGGAGCAGCUGCUUCAUCAUCCACAAUGACAGCACUUCCUCAUUCCAACAAUGUAAAUUAGUUAAAUUUGCCUCCCCACUUUAUAAAUUGUAUCUUAUUUCCUACUUGAUAGAUGCAACUAUCUUUCGGGUUGCUAGGUCAGCAACAAGCAGGGGCUAUAUUUUAUUUUUUAAUUGAUAGAUUCUCACCCCGCCACGGGCUGGCCUCGAACUCAUAACCUCAUGGUCAGAGUGAUUUAUUGCAGCUCACCAGCCUGCGCCACAGCCCGGCCCCUUGUUUGUUGAGCUCAGAUCCAUAUGCAACACGUAAACUUGUGGGUAGACUUCGUGAAGAGUAAGCUCUCCACCCUACCCACCUUACAAGCACACUAUGAAAUUAAAGGCUGAAAUCUUGCACUGAGAUUGCAUAGCAUUGGAGCUCUGUAUUGAUUGCGCGGUAGAGAGCAGUCCAUGUAGGAAAUGACACUGUUGCACACCCAAAUGCACAACUGAACACACAUCUGCAUCCACACCAGCAUCAUGUGUACAACCCUCCUUCUGCUACCUUCAGUUGAACUGAAAUGUUCUGCAUUGGAUAAAAAGGUCCAGUUUCUUCUGUAGUUGGAACAUAUAUAUGUGGCAGAUACCGUCAGGAUUCUAGCCAAAAUAUUUGGGUAGAGUGAUGACCCAACUCUAUGGAGCAGUGAUGGAGACCAUGGGACCCUUCAGAAGGCAUUGCAGUUCCCAUGAUGCCUUACCAUUGGCUGUGCUAGUGACUGUUGCAGGAAGGUUUGAAGAAAAACAGUGGAAGGCCACAUACUCUGCCGCAGUAAAUAAAAAGCGAGCUAUAAAUGUAACAAAAAAUAGAGAAAUUUGGUUGAACGGGGUAACUGCUAAAGACCUGGAUUUACCUUGUAAUCAAGUUGUUAACAGUUUUGAAUACGUAGAAUGGACUCAUUCACUCAAUGAGUUUUACCUGUAUGUUGAUUUACCAUUCAACAAUUUGUUGACUAGGUCUACUUUAGUUUCGACAAACCAACAGGAUGCCAGCCAUACCAUUUAUUCACUUGUAAUCUUUUAUGGAGAAAAUUUUUCUAAAGGAGAUUACAAGGAAUAUCUAUCUAUCUAUAUGGGUGAAAACAAAAUGAUUGUUAUGUUACAAAUCAUCAGGGCUGUUAGUUUUGGAUGGCUUCGUUGGAGGUAGAGAAGUGCAACUCAGGAACUCAGGGUGGAUCACAUUAUAUACAUACAGGGCAAACAUUCAAUGCCCAUAUACACAUAGAACCGAGACAGAGACAGACACAGAGGCAAUUUAACCUUCUCCUGAGGGGAUGUUCGAUUCUGGCCACAGGGGGGAGCAGCUGCUUAAUCAUCCACUGUGAUGGCACUUCCUCAUUCCAACGUCGUAAAUUAGUUAAAUUUGCCUCCCCACUUUAUAAGUGGUACCUUAUUUCCUACUUGAUAGAUGCAACUAUCUUUCGGGUUGCUAGGUCAGCAACGAGCAGGGGCUAUUUUAUUAUUAUUAUUAUUUAAUUGACGGGUGCUCACCCAGCCACAGGCAGGCCUCAAACUCAUGACCUCAUGGUCAGAGUGAUUUAUUGCAGCAGGCUGCUCACCAGCCUGCACCACAGCCCGGCACCUAUGUAGACAUAGACCUACAUGGACUUGCAUGAUACACCUACUUCUUCCUAUAUUUGGUUUCAUUUGUGCUUUAUCCCCUCAGUAGAUAUACUUGUGAGUAUGAAGAGUAUUGUAUAGAUUGACUAUCUCCACCCCCCCCCCCCCCCCAAGUUCUACAUAAUUCCAUCCUGUGUAAUAGGAAGACAUUCAACAUGUGUGCUGUCACCUUCUCUCUCCCCACCCCACCUUUCUUGGCAGGAGAAAACACCAGCGACGGUUGUAGUUGUUUUCACUGCUUGCUUUCUAGAUGAUGUGAAUUUUAGAUCACAAAUAAUGUUCAUCUCUGACUAUGACGGGUGGUAGGUGGAAAGGAUGACUCAUGCACUCCUCUGCUUUGGGGCGAUUGUGUUCGGGAUGUAGCUCUGAAAUAUUGGAAAGAAACUGGCAGAUGCGAGAGUGGUGGGCAGCUUUCUAUUUUUAGGCGGUGUUAUACAACCUGCCCUCUUGCACACUUGCGAUCUGCAGCCGGUGCCACCAACAUUUUCCUUUGCAACUGAUCGCCAGUUCUAAAGGAAGACUCUGCUUGGGGGAGAAGCUUUGAGGAGACACAUAGAAUACUGGAGGAAUUUGCAGACGCUGCAUGCCGUAGAUAUGGAGCUGUACACGGGACUCCAGAGACUGACAAUCAAGAACUCAGGGCUCCGAAGCAUUCAGCCGCGUGCGUUCGACAAGAACCCUCAUCUGCGCUACAUAAACCUGUCUGGGAACCGCUUGACUACUCUAUCAUGGCUACUCUUCAAGACAUUGAGACUUAUUGAACUGAGGUUGGAACGAAAUAUUUUCAACUGCAGCUGCGAUAUCCGUUGGAUCCAGCUGUGGCAGCAGAAAGGUGAAGCCAAUUUGCAGUACCAGGAGUUGCGCUGCACAAGCAUGGAAACCAGCCACAUCUCUAUCCAGGAGAUGAAUAUCAGCCAGUGCGAUCUUCCUGAAAUCAGUGUGAGCCAUGUCAAUCUAACUGUGUGUGAAGGCGAAAAUGCUGUUAUCACCUGCAACGGUUCAGGAUCCCCUCUGCCUGAUGUUGACUGGAUGGUGGUCAAUCUGCGCUCUAUCAACACUCAUCAGACGAACGCCAACUGGACCAAUGUUCAUUCCAUCAACCUGACCCUGGUGAAUGUCACAAGUGAAGACAACGGCUUCCUGCUGACAUGUAUUGCUGAGAACGUGGUGGGAAUGUCUAAUGCCAGUGUGCUUCUCACUGUCUAUUAUCCUCCCCGCAUUAUCAGCUUGUUGGAGCCCAUCCGGCACAUGGAGCAUUGCAUUGAGUUCUCGGUGCAUGGGAACCCUCCGCCGCAAAUCCAUUGGCUGUACAACGGCCAGGUUCUCAGGGAAACAGAAUUCAUACGGAUGGAGCUGUUCCAGGAAGGAGAAGUCUCCGAUGGCUGCCUGCUCUUCAACCAUCCAACACACUACAACAACGGCAACUACACCAUCGUGGCUUCCAAUUAUCUGGGGACGGUCAACCAGACUGUCCGAGGGCACUUCCUGGAGAAACCUUUUCCAAGCAUUUCAGACGUAAUUGAGACAUUUGAAUAUAGUCCAAGUCCCAGCCCUCUUAUCACGGUGACGCAUAAACCAGAGGAAGACACAUUUGGGGUGUCCAUAGCUGUUGGACUUGCAGCCUUCGCCUGUGUCCUCCUGGUGAUCCUCUUUAUCAUGAUCAACAAAUAUGGUCGACGGUCAAAAUUUGGAAUGAAAGGUACAAGUCAAUCUCUUCCCACAUCUCCCAGUGAAUUCUAUUCUGGGCGAGGUCCCGUGGCUGUGAUCAGCGGGGAAGAAGAUUCGGCUAGUCCUCUCCAUCAUAUCAACCAUGGUAUCACUACGCCUUCAUCAUUGGACGCUGGUCCAGAUACGGUUGUGAUAGGCAUGACCCGUAUUCCUGUCAUCGAAAACCCACAGUACUUCCGACAAGGACACAAUUGCCACAAACCGGACACGUAUGUGCAACAUAUCAAGAGGAGAGAUAUCAUUCUGAAGAGAGAACUUGGUGAAGGUGCUUUCGGGAAGGUCUUCCUAGCAGAGUGCUACAACCUCAGCCCCACCAAGGACAAGAUGCUCGUGGCUGUGAAGGCUCUGAAGGACCCAACUUUAGCGGCUCGGAAGGAUUUCCAGAGGGAAGCAGAACUGCUCACCAACCUGCAGCAUGAUCAUAUUGUGAAGUUCUAUGGUGUCUGUGGUGACGGAGACCCUCUCAUAAUGGUCUUUGAAUACAUGAAACAUGGGGACCUGAACAAGUUUUUGAGGGCUCACGGCCCAGAUGCAAUGAUCCUUGUGGAUGGACAACCUCGGCAAGCCAAGGGGGAGCUGGGCCUUUCUCAGAUGCUCCACAUUGCUAGCCAGAUAGCUUCAGGAAUGGUUUACCUUGGCUCCCAGCACUUUGUACACAGAGACCUGGCCACGAGGAACUGCUUGGUUGGAUCCAACCUUCUGGUGAAGAUUGGUGACUUUGGGAUGUCCAGAGAUGUCUAUAGCACCGAUUACUACAGGGAAGUGCCGCAUCCGAAGGGCUAUUUCAGCACAACGUGGCAGCAGCAGAGACUAGCAGCAAUGGCAGCUACAACAGUCGGCGGGCAUACUAUGCUUCCCAUCCGUUGGAUGCCUCCUGAGAGUAUCAUGUACCGGAAAUUCACAACGGAGAGUGAUGUCUGGAGUUUUGGGGUGAUCCUCUGGGAAAUCUUCACCUAUGGGAAGCAGCCUUGGUUCCAACUGUCAAACACAGAGGUCAUUGAGUGCAUCACCCAAGGCCGUGUCUUAGAGAGGCCUCGCGUCUGUCCCAAGGAAGUUUACGACAUCAUGCUGGGCUGCUGGCAGAGGGAACCUCAACAACGUCUGAACAUCAAGGAUAUCUACAAGAUCCUUCAUGCUCUGGGCAAAGCCACACCAAUCUACCUGGACAUCCUUGGCUAGCUACGGCCACUUUUCAGAUGUCGUUGUGUCCUUCUUCUCCUGUCCCUACCUCUCCCUUGACCUCAAGCCAACAUAUUCAUAUAAACUCAAGUGCCUGCUACACAUACAACACUGAAAAAAAGAGAGACAAUAAAAUAUACAAGCCCCCUCCCCUCCGAAGAAACAAGCAGUAAGACAAUUUGGAUUAUAUAUAGCUAGAAAUAAUAUAGAGAGAGGAAAGAAGACGAGAGAGAGGGAGAGAGAGAGAAUCCUCUACAGUAUUAACGAGAGAAAUGGAAAAAGACAAUAUUUAACUCAAGGUGUGGAAGUGACUGUGAAUCCUCUUGUUUUCUUUUGCGUCCAGCUGCUGGUUAGAACUCGGUUCACUUGGGAAAGCUGAAAGACAAUCCCGUCAAAGGAGGAAAACCUGGAAAGGCUGUGCCUGAUCGGGAGCUGCACUGUGUGGGAUCAAUCUCCAUUCGUUGGGGAGAAACAAUGGCAUUUGGUAAUGGAUAAUUCCUUGCCCUUCCUUCUGGAAAAACAUUCUUUGCUGAUCUCACCUACAUUCCUCGUGUCCCUUUUUCUUCCUCCCGCCCAGAAUACCAGAAGUUUUUGGAUUUUUCCACAUGUGCAGACUCUACCCUUUUGGAACCCUUUUGGAACGUUUACAGAUCGAAAGGCGUGCCUCACCUACGGGUAAAUGAACACGUACCAGGAAAUCAUCAUCCGACGACAAGAACUGGAUAUGGCAUUUUUCUGCCUCUCUCUUUUCUUUUUCUUGGUUUUCUUAAAAGAAUGUCCUGGGAAUGGCGUCGAGGAGCCAAACGACUGUCUAUAAGAGCCAUACAGGGAAAAGUGCAUGAGACGGAUAUCUGGAACGUAACAUCUCUCCUGUUGCCGAUUUUGCUACUGGAAUAAUCGCUCCAUGUGCACAACACAGAUCUAGCUCAGCACAACCGUUGUUUCCAGACAUGGUGGCUUGGAGGCCACGAUCUUGAUGAAAAAAAUCAAGCCAGUUCUUCACAUAAUCUAUACACACAGGCCGAAUUGGUUCCGUUCCUUAAUACUGUUUAUGAUAAUUUAUAUCAUACUGUUUUUUCUUGUACAAAACUAUCUUACAAUCUGUAGCGAGUUGAGUCUCCCAUCAGUAUUGUCCAGUAGGUAACGGGGGUGGGUGGGUUUAUCCAUGUGGAUUCUGGACAUGUUGUGGGGAGGGGGGUUUAAGGCCAAGAGAGUGAGAGAGGUUGAGAAAGUAAGGCACAGAGUUCAUGGUGAAGCACAAAAGUUGAAUCCAAAUAUCCCACAGUCCAUGUCUCAUGGCUGUGUCUGGAAGCAGCUGGCAAUGUGACUUCGAUGCUGGCUGCGGGGAAGUGACAAUCCAGCGCCUGUCCUAUAUCUCUGGUUUUGUCUGCUGCCUUCAUCCAUAGUGGAGGGUGCUAUGCCAUCCUUUGAGUUGAGGAGUACUGUAAUACCACUGCCAGGGGUUCGAAACACUGUCCAGUUUUCUACAUGGAAUGGGAGGGGGUAUUGUGUUGUUCUUGGCCUCAGGGAGCAAAAUAUCUUGGGUCGGCCUUAACCCUGUCUCUCUUUUACAAUGCUGAUGUUCGGUGUCUAGCUGGAAUGUAAACUGGAGAGGAUAGAGGAGACUUUUCUGUUCCUUCUCUGGAGAAGCUAGAAUGUGUCCAUUUGUAACCCCGUAAUUGAGCAGUAGGUGGUGAGAUGGAGUUGUUUUGUGGCCGCCCUGCACCAAGGAUGAGAUUGGAGAGCAGGAAGAAUGUCCUCGUCCCCAAGAUAUCCUGGUGGAAGCUUUUGCAUAUUCCGUCACAAUCUCAAGAUGUUGUAGUCCAAGCAUAAUUCUUCCCAGUUCCGGAUCUGGGAAACUGAGCUCUUGGCCAACCACUGUGCCUCAUCUGGUGUUGCCAACAUUUCAUCAUUUCCCAUCCUUCUGACAGGUAAUCUAAUCUAAUUAUUAAUUAUUUAUUAGCCAGGAGCCUCCGGUGGUGUAAUGGCAGGACUACCGACUUGAAGGUUGGGCUGCUGACCUGAAGGUUGCUGGUUCUAAU